AUGUGCAACCUGAGCUGCUCAGUGGCUGUGGGCAGGGUGCACGUAGAUCUGACCAGCAGCACCACGACAAGGACCACGCUCGAUGCCGAGGCGGCACAGUUCGUCUCUAGCCACGCGGCCGACGGGAACUUUCUUUUCAUAGACAACAAGCGGGCUGUCUUGUCCGAUGAGCCGAUGAAUGCGUUCGGAGGCGCGAUGGAGUACUCUAAGGUGGAGUGGCAGGGGCCGCUUGCUGGCCACCCGCGACCACCAGGAGUUCGUGAUAUUUUGUGCGCUAUUGCAGAUCGUAAAAAUCCUACCAGAUUUCGAGUGCCACACUUGUGGAUAAAAGCUACCUUACUUGGCACGACUGCAAACCAGCCAUCCAAGUCUCUGGAAGUGAGGAAAGCGUUCCGUAGUCUGUCGCCCAGACCCGUCUUCGUCGGUCCCGCUGCCCGGAACGGCCAGAUGCAGCCCGAUUCAUCCGAGCCACCACCUCAAGAAGUGAGAAAAGCGUUCCGUAGUCCAUCACCCAGCACCGUCUUCAUCGGGCCCGGUGACAGGAACGGCGAGAUGCAGUCCGAUUCGCCCGUGCCACCACAUCAGUCGGCUCACGCUGCUCCGUCUUUCAGGUCCGCGUCGCCAGCCAAUCAGGCCAUGGCAGAGUCUGAUCUAGACCUGGUGAACACCUUCGUGGGUCGGGACAUGCUGACGGCCGGAAGUCAGGACAACAGUGAAGAAAACGACGAGGCGGCCAUGGAGGCCAUCAUGAGCUUGCUGGAAGUGGACGCUGGACUUGGUGGACCGGUGGACUUCAGUGGCAUGCCGUGGCCCAUGCCUUGGAACAUCCUGGCUGAGACACUCGACAUUGGAGUUGGAGACUGA